AUGGCGACGAAAAGCAAUGAACUGUCCAACUUCACAGUCAGCGACUAUGUCAAGUUCUUUGGCGCUGGUGCACUUGCAGCCACGUCAACACAUGCGGCCGCAACGCCAAUUGACGUUGUCAAGACGCGAAUCCAAGUCGAUGAUGCCAUGAAGGGGCUCAACAUGGUGCGGGCAGCUAAAGCAAUUGUCGCAAAAGAAGGCACAUCCGCGCUGCUCACCGGCUUCGGUCCAACCGCUGUUGGAUAUCUGGUCCAAGGUGGCGCCAAGUUUGCAGGAUACGAAUUCUUCAAGAAGCAAUACAUUGCUUUGGCGGGUGGCCCAGAAAAGGCUGUUGGCAAUCGCAUGGGCAUCUACCUGGGCGCCAGUGCCACAGCUGAGUUCUUCGCAGACAUCUUGCUUUGUCCCCUCGAGGCCACGCGGAUCCGAUUAGUGUCGCAACGAGGUUACGCGAGCGGACUCACAUCCGGCUUUAUGCGAAUGGCCAGGGAAGAAGGAUUCCGCGGCUUCUACUCCGGGUUCGUGCCCCUGCUAUUUAAGCAGGUCCCGUUUGCUGUGGGACAGUUCUCAGUCCACGAAGCAGUCAACGAGAUCAUAUUCCGGAGCAUCGGCCCGGAGCGCAAAGCCAAGCUCACCAGUUUGGAAUCUACGGGCGUAGAGCUUACGUCGGGGUUGGCUGCUGGUGCGGCUGCCGCCAUCCUUUCACACCCUGCUGAUACGCUGCUAUCUGCCAUCAACAAGGGAGCUGGGGCAGCACAUCAGAGCGCCACAAGCAGAAUGUUUCAACUUGCAAAGGAGUUUGGACCCAAGCGAUUGUUGUUGACUGGCUUGGGUCCACGUUUGGUCAUGACUUGCGCUUUGGUUUCUGGCCAGUUCGUAAUUUAUGCUCGAUGCAAGGAACUGACUGGAGCGCCGCCCAGUAUCGAAAUCCAUAAGGAGAAGGCUUUAUAG